AUGAGCAAUUGGGCGCGACGGAUGCACCGGCGAGCUGCUACAUUGAGCAAUGUGGUCACGUCUUGCGGACAUCCUAAUUCCCUUCCGUACCCUAGACGUUUGGAAAAAGUAAAAUUUGGUGUUCCUCUUCAUGAGGUCUGCAAAGAUGAUAUACCUGGGCCUUUGCUUGUGCUGAUACUAAAACUAAAUAAGGAGGCCCCUUUACGCCGCGACGUUUUCCGUGCUCCCGGACAUCAAGGUGCUAUGAAAAAGUUAAUACACUUUUUACAAACUGGUCGUCUUGUAAAUGUGGAUAACUAUUCUGUAUAUACAAUCGCGAGUGUUUUAAAAAAGUUCCUUAGGAAGAUACCGGGUGGAGUUUUUGGCCGCGAAGGUGAGAUGCACCUCUUUGCUGCUGUAGAGCUUCCAGCGGAUCAGCAAGUGGGUGCAAUUCGUGGGCUGCUGCUGUCACUUCCCGUGUGCACGCAGAGGCUGCUCGUGCUGCUCUUCGGCACCUUCCGCGUGAUGGCGUCCAACGCCGACAAAGCCGGAACCGGAAUGACAUCGGAAGCCUUGGGGGUGUCGGUCGCGCCGUCGUUCUUCCACUCUUGCGUGUCGGACGGCAAGACCGCCACGAUGGAGGACGUGCAGCGUUUCAAGGUGGCGACGCGGAUAAUGAGGCAGCUGAUCGAGCAGUUCAGCGCCGGGGACCUGUUCGGCCGCGAGAACUACGAGUACUACGCUCGCGUCACGGGCCGAAUACUGCGCGUGAAGGACGAGUGGAUCUGCUCUUUCCGGGACCCGCCGCCGCCGCGCCACCAUAGAGACCAGGAGGCGUACGCCAGACAGUUAUCGCUCGAAGCUGAGAAAACGUGGCUUCAAUGCGAAUGCGACCGAUGGGGAAACAAGUUCAAUCUUGAAGGGCUGUCCAAAUCGGAGGAGUGCCAGUCGAUGCCCGCGCUGGCGGGUGCAGCGGGCGCGGGUGCAGCGGGCGGCGCUUUGGGCCUCGGUAUCAUCCCUGAGCACAGCCUGCUCGACUCCUGCACCCGCCUCUCGAUAUCGCUCGAGGAGAGCGUCUUCAAGGUUUCCGUGAGCUCAUCUUCCCAGUCGUCCUGCAGCAACUCCAGCCCGCACAUGACCCUGGAAGAGCUGCGCGCCAUCAACAAAUACGCCGAGAGCACGAAGAGCCUGUCGUAUCUACCUCAGCGCGCACUAAAGGAUCUAUUCUUUGAG